AUGCCUUCUGCAAGGAAAGUAAGAAUUAAAGAACCAGUAGAUCAAAGAGAAUUAUGGUGGCGGACAACACUAAAAGAAACUCCAAUACCAGGCACCUACACAGUGCGAGACUUUCUUGAAGAAUCCCGCUUAAACCCAGUGAACAAUACGUACAAUUUUAAAAAUGAAGGCAGAAGCAAAAUGUCUCUUAUAGAAUUGAAGAGGGAUGUAACCCUGCCCGAUACACCUAAGUACGUGCCUCCUAAUUUCGUGGACCUGGUCAACAAGCAGAUGGCUUCUUACUCAUUCAAAGACACCCCAAGGCAAAACCCCAGCAUGCUGUGUCUCAAAGAUCAGAAAAUUGAUCUUUCACCCGGGCAAUAUGAUAUUGUUGAAGCACCAGUUCCCAAGUUCCUCGCCAGGCACUUUGUGUUCCGUUCUGCAGUUCAAAGGUUUCCAACAUAUUAUUUUAUUCCAAAAGAAGGGCCGGGACCAGCGUAUUACGAUGUGAAGGGAUCAAAGUCAACCCCUAUUACAUCCUGUUUCCAGUCAAAAGUGCCUAGAUUCCUGCCCAAUCGUUCAAAAACGCCAGGCCCAGGAGCAUACACCAGUACUGGACAGAUGCCCAAACAGCCACGGAGUGUUGCCAAGAUGGGCCGGGAACACAGCCUUUUGUUCAACAAUACAAUCGGUUUUUGA